CGGAUGAGGUCACCCUAUACGCUUGUUGUAGACUCUUCUGCCCGUCAGAGAGCCCAGCCUGAUGAUGGAGAGGGAGCCGCUUACCGCUUACCCCGCGCGCGCGCGCGCGCAUUUGCUCCUCUUUGAAGCUUGCCCUGCCCUUCGAUGAUGCGGCGCCGGCUCGGUCGGCAAGCAGCAUGACCGUGGAUACAUAGCGAGCGACAUGUCGGCACUCAUUGUCAACCCGGCAGUGCCGAGCACGAUGCAGAAGCUGCUCGAGUACGCAGGCAGUCCGGGACCGCUGCCGUUGCCCAUCGAGCUCGUCCUCGACUGCUCGUCGCCUAUGCUGCUCUGGCUCAGCAGCAGCACGCUCGGCAUGCUCAGAGACGCUCUCGCCUCGCCGGGCAUCAGGGCAAGCCACAUAGAGUCUUUCACCUUUCGAGCAGGCCAAUCCACUCGGGUCGUGCCUGCACAGAUCACAAGCGUUCUGUCGAGCCAUGCAAAGCACAAGCCUCCCGGUGACCCCCGCCAAAUUCAUACACUGGCGCUCUACGAGACAGUCUCUGUCGAGGAAGCAGAGACGUUCUACGCCUCUCUGAGCGGCCUCGAGACGCUCAUCCUCAGAGGUUGCUGGGGAGGUGUCUUCAACCAUCUCCCGCGCUACUCUGAGCCCAUCCACUUUGCGCCUCGGGAGCGUCUCGCAGUCAACGCUGCCAGUGCUUGCGUUGGUGGCAGCGCGGACGAUGCCAGCAUUAUACCCCGGUCGGCCUCACAGAUCGAUCUCGACACUUACAGAGCAAAUCCUCGCAAAGGCUCGUCCGCACAUCUCGAGCGGAUCGAGGAUAUACCCGAGAUAGCGCCCAUGCCGCCCUCGAUGAUUCACAUGAUCAGCGAAGAAAACGUGGCUGAGGAAUAUCGCAUAGAGCGGUCCAGCUCGUCAAACGGUCUCCCUGCACCCGAGCCGCUCUCGAGGCUAGCCAUGCUGGAUCCCACCCCGCCUGUUCCAGCUAUCACGACAGCAGACUUGUCCACAAGGGCGGGUCCUAUUGCAAUACCGAUCGCUAUCAGUCCAAAGGUCGUGGCGCAGGGCGGCUAUGCCACCUUUGGCCAUACCAGAGUGACUUCUGGACCUGGUGCGCCGACGGGGGCACUGGCAGAUCUGCUCGGCAGCUCGUGGGGCUCCUCACCGCGAGACUCGCCUUUCACCUCGCCCGACGUGAGGCCCUUCGAUCAGCAGCCCCUGCCCCUUUCGUCGUUUGCACCCAUGCCCACCCAACACUGGCAUGUAAAGCAUCUAGAGAUCGUCAGGCCAGAACGGGACGGUGGACCAGCUUGUGCGGCUUGGUUCGAGCGCGGAGUCGUGUGGUCUCAGAUUGAAACGCUGCAUGUCGAAGGUAUCGACGAGAGCGCCAUCGCUGCCAUCGUAAAAGGCUACAAUACGAUGAAGGCUCCUCCCCAGCUCGUAUCGCUACACCUUCAGCUGUCAUUCAUUCUUGCGCCACAGCUCUUGACAAAGCUUAUUGAUGCGAUCCCAUCAACUGCUCUCGAAACAGUUGCGAUCACGUGGAUAUCUCACGAUGCUUUGCAACCAACGUUGCUCGAUUCAAUGGCGACACAGUGGCCAAACGUGCUCGACCUUGACUUGCGUCUCGGCGGUCCCGGCGCGCAGACCACGAUGGAAGCCGAAGCUGCAGGCCGCAAGGGUGUCGAUUGGGCAAGCCGGAAACGAACAUGGGACGAGCUUGCAGGAGCGCUCGGUCAGUUCCAACGUCUCGAGACGCUCAGCAUCAACCAUUUCCCGACCGAAUCGAGUGUCAGCUCUGCGCCCAAAGGGUCGGCGGCUCGUGGUCGUCGGAGGGCGCCAUCACCGCCUCCAGUCAGACGUAAUAAAGCAGCGACAGACAAGACGCAGAAGGAUUUGCUCAUCGCGGCUGCUCAAAAAGUUGCUAUCAGAAGCAAGACACUCAAGCUUGUCCGAUUCACUGCGCCCGUCACUGGCAAAUGGCUGUCGGUCGACUUUCAGCGUGAUGCAAGUAGCGGUACGCUGACAGGCGUCCGCGAAAUUUGGGACCUCGACGAAAAAGCCGAGGCCGAGAAAAAGGCGACAGAGGCGGCUCACGCUCAUGAAAUCGAGUUUUUCGAAGAGGAAUGACGCAUCGGGCGCAUCCGUACAGCAUCACCGCUCACACCAGCAAGAUCUAAUUGUCGAAUGUCUGUGUCUCUGUGUUGUCAAAUUAUGCAUCGCCCGCCGAACUAUGCGCCUAGCAAGUCCUGCAAGACCUUGUAGGUCGUUCCCGCCGGAUGUGCUCCCCUGUCCAUGCCAGGAUUCAGCACGUACCCUGCUGUCGACGACUGAGUGGCCACG